AUGAACAAUAAUAUUAAGAAAAAUACUGUUAACAUAUCUUUUAAUGCCAACGGAAAUGAUAUAAUUACGAUAAUUAAUAAAGAGGAAGUGAUUAAAUGUAAUAAUACAAUAACACCAUCUGUAUCGGAGCCACCUUUUAAAAAACAUAAAAAGAACUCUUUGAAUAAUAAUGAUAAUUUAAUAGUGUCCAGUUAUGAAUUUCAAAUUGAUAAUCUCCCAACAGAUUUGUUAUUAUCACAGCAUGAUAUACCUGUAUUAAUUAACUAUGAACUAGUGAAUACUGAUGGGGAGAAAGAUAUUCUUACUAUUUUCAAUGAAAAUUUAAUUCCAUUAUGGUCUAUACAAUUGAAUAUUUCAAAUAUUUCUCCUACUGAGAGAGAAUCUUUAUUGAAAAACUUAUCUUUAAUUAAUUUAAACUAUUCUAUUCUUAAAGACGAACAAAAAUUACACACAUUAAGAAAUCAUUUAUUAGAUAUUAAUUUAAAUGAAAAAUCAGUAUUGAAAAAAUUUCAAUUAAAAUCAUGUAAUAAAAAAAUCAAUGACGUCUUAAAAAAAUUAAGAUCAGAUAAGAAAAAAUUUAAAAAUUUUAUUAUUAAAAAUUGCAAAAUUAAUUUGAAUCAAAUUUCUUUUGAUGUUUUAAUCGAAUUUCAAAAAAAUUCUUUUAAUAAAUUUACUUCAGAGACCAUUUCAUAUUUAGAUUCAUUAUUGUCAAAAAAAGAUGAACUAUUACCUCAUCAUAUUAUAAAUUCAACUUUUAUAGAGAGACAAUUUAUUACACAAACUAUAAAACAUACAAAGACUAUUUCAAAUGAAAAUUUAUUCGAAGAAAAGAUACCAAAUUUGAAUAUACAAUUAUUACCAUUUCAAAGACAAAGUUUAAACUGGUUACUUUCAAAAGAAGGCUAUAACAAAAAUAAAUCUUUAGAAUCCAAUAAUAAUAUUGUUAUCCCAUCUGAAUUUGAUAUAUUAUCGUUUCUAAAUGAAUCCAUUUGUUACGGAUAUGAAAUUAUAAAAUCUGUCGACUCUGUUCAUUAUUUUUGGAAUAAAUUUACAAAUUAUGUACUGGAUUAUGAUACAGCAAAAGAUAUGUACAUACAUCAUCACCAUGGUUUGCCACGAAAUGAAAAUAUUAAAAAUGCAAAAGGUUUAUUAUGUGAAGAAAUGGGGUUGGGAAAGACUAUUGAGAUACUUUCUUUAAUCCUCUUGAAUAAACGUCAACUAUCUCUCAAGAACAAUAAUUUUCCAAAUCCUUUAAAUUCAUAUACCAACAAACUUGGGAAAACUGUCUUAAAGACAAAGACAACUCUGAUUAUAUGCCCAAAUCCUCUAUUACAACAAUGGAUCAAUGAGAUUACUCAACACACUGAGAAAGAUUCUGUAUCAUUGUUUCAUUACCAAGGAUAUAACGAUGUUAAAGAAACUUUCAAUACUGAUAAUAUCAAUCAAAUUGUACAUAAACUAUCUCAAUAUGAUGUUAUCAUUACAACAUAUAACGUUAUUAAUAUGGAAAUACAUUAUACUCAGUAUAAUGCAAACCAAAGAUCAAGAAGAAAUGAUAAUAAUGCCCCCAGAUACGACUAUUCUUCACCAUUGUCCCUUAUGCAAUUUUUUAGGAUUAUUCUCGAUGAAGUCCAAAUGUUAAAAAGUGAUAACACUCAAGCUGCAAAAUGUACUGCAUUAUUAGAUAGAAUUCAUACAUGGGGCGUUUCUGGUACACCAAUACAAAAUAUUAAGGACAUUCAAACGGUACUAUCAUACUUGAAGAUACAUCCAUUUUGUGAUAUGCCCGAUAUCGUAUCUAAUUUACACAACAACAUUGCUCAAAAUAUUAAAGAUAAUGCAACUGACGCAGAUAUUGCUCCAAGAGAAGGAACAAUACUGAAAAGUGGAAUAAAAUUUUCAUUAGAUGAGCUAUUGAAUAUUUUCUUAAAAUAUGAUAUUUGCAUUAGACAUAUAAAGAAAGAUGUGAUUGAUCAGAUUCAUAUACCAAAACAAACAAACUACCUUAUUCCAUUGGAAUUUAAUCCCGUAGAAUGGGAUAAUUACAUCAACACAUGGAACGAAUUUUUGUAUACCUCUGGGUUUGGUUCAAGAGGCCAAAAUAAAUCUCGAAUAUCUUCUGCUCAAUUAAAUCAAUGGUUAGUAAAAUUGAGAUAUCUAUGUUGUCAUGCAGUUAUUCCUGAGAAUAUUUUGAGUAGUUUCGAAGGACGAGCACGCCGUCAAGGGUUUAAAAAGAAUCAAUUAGGACAAUCAAAACUUGGACAGUCUGAUACUCAGAUAUCAUCUGUUCAUAAUAUUAGUGAUAUUCUUGAGUUGAUGACAAUAAAUGCUACAGAAUUAUUGGAUACUAUGCACAGAGAAAACAUUCAGUUGCAGUUGAAGACAGCUCAAGCCAAGAUGGAAUUACAAAAUAAUCCCAAUGAGGCUAUUAAUUUGUUCUCUAAUAUUAUUCAACUUAUUAAAGAAGAUCUUAAGAAGAAGUAUAAUAUUUUAGAUCCGUUUAUUAUUAAUCAAAUAAGUGACGAACCGACUAAGCAGGGCAAGGGCAAAGACGAUAAUAUCAUAGAUAUUAUAGUUACUGAAGAAGAAAAUGCAUCUUCUAAGAUACAGAUAAGAGCAUACAUGGAUUUGCUUCACCAAUGCUUCUUUUUCAUUGGUACGGCAUAUUAUUUCUUAGGUUCCAAGAAAUUAGAAGAGGUUGAUGACAUGAACGAGAAGACGAAAUUGUUAAACAAAGAGGAAGAAGGAUAUACCAAUAAGUCUAAAGAGUAUGAUGAUAUCUAUUCCGCCCAAGAGAUGGACGAUAUUCAUAAAAAUCAAUUACAGGAACAAAUGUAUUAUGAAUAUGCAGAAAAAUUGAGAAGACAGAUGCUAAAGGAGAGAGCAGAGAAAGUAGAUGAAACUAUACAGGAAGUAGACAAUUACCUUAACAAGAAACAAAAGAAUAAUAAAUCGCUAACAAAACUACAAGUAAUUGAAUAUGAGGGCAAUAAAAACUAUUCCUCAAACUUCCUCACCCAGAAGUUAUUUAAGUCACUAGGUUCUUCUGUGACAUUGUUAAAUAACCAGGCAACACAGUUUAAUGAAUUCAUUGAAGAAGUAAUAAAAAUUUUGCACAGGCCAAUUGCAAAGGAAUACACGGAAGCAAACGAAGAAGAGAAAGCUGAAGAAUACGGAAGCUCUAUAGAGGAUCAAGAUAAAAUAUAUGCUUAUCUACAUUGCCUGGAAGAACUUUUGAAAAAUAGAGAAAUGAUUAUUAAUUCGGAGGAUGAAGUGAUAAAGUUAAGCUCUAAGACUUUGGUUCAAAUAGAUCCAAGUUAUUCUGAUUUUCAUGUUAUACUAAUAAAGAAAUUGAAUUUGAUAAAAGAUGGUGUAUCUUUGAAAUCUAUCUUUAAUGAGUUAAGGAACUCUAAGAUAGUACGCAGUUCGUUAACUAGUAGCUCUUUGAAUAACAAUGACUUCGAAGAUCAUUUAUUAAGUUAUGAAAGUGAAAUUAAAAGAAUUAAAAAUGAGAACAAAACAAUUAGAGAAUCGAUCAAAAAAUUGAACGUUAUCUACAAUAGUAAAAUUGAAUACUUUACUCAACUUCAAAGAAUAUCAGAUUCUUUGGUGUCAUUAAUACAAUUGGAGCCACAUGUCAGGAAUAAUAUUGUCAAAGAAAUAAAAUCUCACAAAAAAUAUAACCAAAAUAUCAAUAAAAUCAAUCAGACAGAAUCCAGAGUUAAAUACUUGAAAAAUUUAAGAAAAUUGAAGGAAUUAAUUGAUCAAAACAAGUCAUUUACCUGUUCUAUUUGUCUGGGUGUUAUCUAUUUAGGUUCUAUUAUGAAAUGUGGGCAUUUUUUCUGCAAGGGUUGUAUUCAUAAUUGGUUGAAAAACCAUCAGACUUGUCCAAUAUGUAAGCAAGCAACUGACAUUUCGGAAGUGUAUAAUUUUAAAUUCAAAAAUGAAGAACAGCCCCAAGCUACCUUUUUGAAGAGUGAAUCGUUGGUAGAUGCUACUCAAGCAGCAGACGGAGCUACUACCGGAAUAACCAAUACAGCCAGCACUUAUAGUGACGAAUUAUUUUCACUCAGUGAUAAGUAUUCGAAGUUCCCACAGAUAAGCGAAGUUCAUAAGAUAAAAAUCAAAGAAAAUUUUGGAGCCAAGGUCGAUUUUGCGAUUAAACUGAUUCUAUUUCUGAAGUUACGUGAUCAAUCUGAAAAUAAGGCUCCUCCCCAAAUAUUACUUUAUUCCCAAAAUAUUGAAUUUUUAAAGAUAAUAACUCAUAUUCUAUCUUUAAAUAAUAUAACAUUUUUGGAAGGUUUUCAAAAUAAAAAGACAAUCAGUAGUACGAUUGAUAAAUUUAAGACUGACUCAAGUAUUACUUGUUUAUUGUUAAAUGUUCGAACAUUAGGUACAGGGUUAAAUUUAUUAAACGCAAAACAUAUAUUCUUAUUAGAUCCCAUUAUAAACCAUGGUGACGAAUUACAGGCUAUCAGUCGUAACAACAGAAUUGGUCAAACAGAGGAAACCUUUGUGUGGAACUUUAUCAUGAUGGAUUCUGUCGAGGAGAAUAUCAUAUUGUACAAACAUGCCUUAGAACAUAAUAAAUUGACAGGGAAGAGAGGAAAACCAAAUAAAGGCAAAAAAGAAAUCGAAGCUGUAGAGGAUUCUAUUGAAAACUCUGAUGAUGAUACCAAUUUUGAGAUUAAUGCGGACUCUACCGAAAUGGUUGCUGAAAAACAUCUAUGGCAUUGUCUUUUCAAAACAGAGUAA